CGGCGAGGCCAUCAACAGCAUGUGGCUUACCAUGAUUUUCGUACAGGCACUGCCUUGCCUGUUGGGAGCAGCGCCAACAAUCAACGUUGCCGAAAUCCCGGCCUUCCAGGUUCCGGCAUCUGACAGUCAUCGCUCGGAUUACGGAAGUCAUCGGCUGCAACCAAGUGUUAUCGUCUUCACAACGCCCCCUGCUUCAUCCGGGUUAGUGACGUCAAGUUGUGCAGCGUCUAUAAAGGAGGAUCCUCAAGACUUCUUCACCAGUGGGCACGGCGAGGCCAUCAACAGCAUGUGGCUUACCAUGAUUUUCGUACAGGCACUGCCUUGCCUGUUGGGAGCAGCGCCAACAAUCAACGUUGCCGAAAUCCCGGCCUUCCAGGUUCCGGCAUCUGACAGUCAUCGCUCGGAUUACGGAAGUCAUCGGCUGCAACCAAGUGUUAUCGUCUUCACAACGCCCCCUGCUUCAUCCGGGUUAGUGACGUCAAGUUGUGCAGCGUCUAUAAAGGAGGAUCCUCAAGACUUCUUCACCAGUGGGCACGGCGAGGCCAUCAACAGCAUGUGGCUUACCAUGAUUUUCGUACAGUGUGCUUCCGAAUGACUGGCGAACAGCGCGUGUAGUGCCAAUUCAUAAGAAGGAUGAUCAUUCUGUUGUAAGCAAUUUUCGUCCUAUUUCUAUCACUAGCAACUCAUGCAAACUUAUGGAACAUAUGGUUAGUAGUUAUAUUCGAAAUUUCUUGGAAGAGAGGAGUUUGCUGACUUCUUUUCAACAUGGUUUCCGGAGGGGGUACUCCACAAUU